CGUCACCCAUUGGUCCCGAGAACGCUGACUCGCGGGCGGAGCAGGAAGGAAACCGCUCCCGAGCACGGCGGCGUCGUCUCCCGGCAGUGCAGCUGCCGCUACCACCACCCCUCGAUCUGUCCGCGCGUUUGUCCGCCUGCAGCAUGAGCGGCCUGCGGGUCUACAGCACGUCGGUCACCGGCUCCCGAGAAAUCAAGUCCCAGCAGAGCGAGGUAACCCGCAUCCUGGACGGGAAGCGCAUCCAGUACCAGCUAGUGGACAUCUCCCAGGACAACGCCCUGCGGGAUGAGAUGCGAGCCUUGGCGGGCAACCCCAAGGCCACCCCACCCCAGAUUGUCAACGGGGACCAGUACUGCGGGGACUAUGAGCUCUUCGUGGAGGCUGUGGAACAGAACACACUGCAAGAAUUCCUGAAACUGGCCUGAAUCGAGCCGGCCCUCAGUUCCCGCUGGACUUGGCACCACUUUCUCCCCACAGGUCUCACCCAGCCGUGGAGGGCCUUGUGACCAGCGCCCUUCACUCCUGACUUUCUUACCAUGGCAUCCCUCACCCCAGCCUUCUCCCUCUCGGUAGCUCCCUUCCUUCCCUUCAACGCAACAUUCCUUAUCUACUAGUCUCAGAAACUGUCUUAAAGUAACAGCUCAGGGCUGGCUGUCUUCAGCCAAGCCUGUGGCUGCCACCCUGCCUGACGCUGGCUGGUGGGAACUUCUGUUAGUUCCAUCAGCAAGAGCUCUGCCAAAGGCCCCGCAGUCCCCCUCCUGGGAACACCCUAGAACAAUUAAAUGCCCGUUCCAUUGGCA